CAAUGGUGUAUACAUGUUACUGACUACCGUGUGGCACACGAUUGUUGGCGAGGAUGCCGAUGAGUACGAUGAUGAUGAUGAUGAUGACGAAGAUGAUGAUGAUGGUGAGAUUCUGGUGAGCUAUUGCGCAUGAGCGUACCUUUCGGAUGAAAACGAGAGUGGCACUUUGUCAUCUGCCUUGACCGACGGUCGACGGUCAUCCUCGUUUUGCAGUCGUGUGGUAGUUUGGCCUUUGCCAAAAGAUCUACUCUUUCCCAAAUCUUGUGACAUCCUGUAUCGGAGCAAAGGAUACUACCAAGUCCGACCAAGGGGUCGAGUUCUGGCCUGUGCAUUAACGUUGGCUUUGCAAGGCAUCAGAAAUCUCGCCGUAGUUUGGUAGUGCGUUACAAAGUAACUUAGUGCCUGCACCAUUACAUACACGCUUCACAACAUCAGAAAGUAGCUACAUAUGUGUGUAUGUGCGCCUGUGUGUUAGUAUUGUCCCACCACUGACUAGCGUUGCGACAGGUUCGGUUUGAAUAUUUAAACAUUGCUCCAGAAAGCGCUGCCAACGGUUACGCAGAAUAUUCCAUCACUAUCACAACAGCGGCCCGUUACGCCUCCAGAUCUCCACUACCAGCACGGGAGCAGCGGGCAGACUACGGUGGCGGUGUGCGCGCACGAAAGUUUAAUCAGCUGGCGUGCCGCGUGAAGCCAUGCUAUUUUGUUCGCUCCACUUGCCCACACUGUACUACGGAACGGUGGGACGGUACACUUCCUCGACGGCGCUGCCGGGCCCGAAGCGGGCGAUGAAGCGGGCGGUGGCAGAGCAGUGAAGAUGAUACCGACCAGGCGAUACAGGCGCCAGCAGCAGCAGCAUAUCGAUAACCAGCCCUCCGUACCAAUCGUGACGUGAGUGCUCAGAAUUUGGUACGAUCGAGUGAAAAGUGUGUGUGAUCAACGGUGGGCUGGUGUGGCACUGUCCGGUGGGGGAAGUCAGUGAGGAGCGUGCAUCCAGUUCGUACAGCACGUGCUGCUGCGUUUGUGCAUUGUGCGCGAGUGUGAUAUGAGAGUGGCCGGCGGCACAGAUUCUGAGCGCAUGGGAGAGUGAUUGUUUGCGCUGUGAGUGAGUGCGCUGAGUGAGAGCGUGCGAAGUGAGCUAGGAGGGAACGGUUCUGCUCACGGCAGUAGCAAGCGCGCGCGUCAGUCGCGUUUCGAAAGUGACCCUAACCGGAAGUGUCCGCCCCGCACGACGAGCAACGGUGGCGAUGGCAGCCCUUAAGGAGCUCCAUCUGCCGGCGCGCAACGGUGGCGACAAAACAGCGACAGUGCCGAUCGAUCCGGCCAAUGGGUACCUGCUAAGGACAGACGUCGAGGAGGGCGGCACGGUGGUCGGUGGUACCGGGGGUGGCGGGUCAGGUGGGCCGCUCGGUGCAGGUGAUAUUGAAGCUUCCGGACCGCUGCUGCUGCGGCCGACCGAUCGGGGGUCGGCAGCACCGGUCCCGGUGGUAGUGAACUUCGGUGGGCCCGGUAUGGCCACCAAAACGAGCACGCUCGCUGCCGUUGACCGGCAGGGAAGUCGUGGCAGUGGCAGUGGUGGCGGCAAUGGAAAGAACCCGCGCAGCAUAACGCCCGGGCGGGGCUUGGUAGGGGCGCGCCUGUCGGCCGCCUUUGCCCGCCCGACCGUGCUCGGCGGGACGAUGCUGCUGGUGGGCAUCGCAGUAGGCAUCCUGCUGGUGUACCUGGUCGGGCGCUACCGGCAGCUGGAUGGGAAAUCCGGUUGCAGUGCGGAUCCGUUCGCCCCGGGCUGCCCGGACGUGACGGACGAGUCCCGGAGGAGCAGUAACAUUUGCCUGACGGACGAGUGUGUUAGGACAGCUUCCUCCCUGCUCGCCGCGAUGGACCGGACGGCGGACCCCUGCAAGGACUUUUUCCAGUUCGCGUGCGGUACGUGGAACAAGAUGCACGUGAUACCGGAGGAUCGCAGCUCUAUCAGCACGUUUGAGGUGCUUGCAGAUCAGCAGCAGGCGAUACUGAAGGGCGUCUUGGAGGAACCGGUCAACAAGGAGGACAACCGGGCGACCAAGAAAGCGAAAGCGUUCUACAAGAGCUGCAUGAACUUGGAGCAAAUUCGCUUGCUGGAUGUGCAAGCGCUGCGAAAGUCGCUGAAGAAGCUGGGCGGUUGGCCAGUGAUAGAGAAGAACUGGACCGUGCCGAGCACCAGCAUCGAGCAUCUGCUCGGCAAGCUGACGGGCGAGUACGACGAGCCGGGGCUGGUCGAGCUGUACGUCGGUGCGGACGAUAAGAACUCCUCCAUGAACAUCAUACAGGUUGAUCAGCUGCUGCUAGCGUUACCGUCGCGCGACUACUAUCUGAAGGAGAGCAGCGAGGGCGACAUGAAGGCGUACCACCGGUACAUGACACAGAUCGCUAUCCUGAUGGGUGCGGACAAGGACAAGGCGGCCGAGGAGCUGCAGCGGAUAGUGGAGUUUGAGGUGCGGCUGGCGAACGCGACGCUACC